GUUACUUGAUUCAAUGAAAGAUUCUUUUCUCUUUUUAUUAAAAUUAGAUUUUUUUGGUGUUUUAAGAAAGCUUAUUGAUUUAGUUAGAAAAAUUUAACUAAAUUUAAUACAAUCUUUUUAAAUUAAAAUGUAUAUCAUGUGUUUUAGAUCUUAUUUAAACAAAUGCACUUCACAAAUUCUGAUGGGACGAAAAAUAAACAUAAGAAAAUUCAGUUCUUCAGAGCCUGAUACUGCACUAAAAUUUUUAGAUUCAUCGCAUAAUGAAAAAAUUCCAACAUAUCAGAUAACUGCUUCUUCUAAACUUUUGGUUGAUUCAAGUCUUCUCAUUAAGAUGUAUCAGGCAAUGUUAUCAGUUAAUUUGAUGGACAAAUUAUUGUAUGAAUGUCAAAGGCAAGGCCGUAUUUCUUUCUAUAUGACGAAUUUUGGAGAAGAAGCCGUCCAAAUCGGUUCUGCAGCAGCGUUAUCGGAUAAAGAUUUGGUUUUUGCUCAAUAUCGAGAAAGUGGUGUAUUAUUGUGGCGUGGAUUCACUUUCACUGAUUUUAUCAACCAGUGUUUUGGCAAUGAUAAAGAUAUCAAUAAAGGAAGACAAAUGCCAGUGCACUAUGGAUCGAAGGAAUUGAAUUUCUUCACAAUUUCGUCACCUCUAACUACUCAGUUACCUCAGGCUGUUGGUGCCGCUCAUAAAUUGAAAAUCGCUAACACUAACACAUGUGUAGCAUGCUAUUUCGGCGAAGGUGCAGCUAGCGAAGGAGAUGCCCAUGCUGCAUUUAAUUUUGCAGCAACAUUAUCAUACCCUGUGGUUUUUAUAUGCCGAAAUAAUGCUUAUGCCAUUUCUACUCCGAGUUGUCAACAAUAUGCUGGAAAUGGUAUAGCUGCUAGAGGCCCAGCAUUUGGCAUCAAAACAAUUCGAGUUGAUGGUAAUGAUAUUUUAUCAAUGUAUCAAGCGACGAAAUUUGCUAGAAAAUAUGCGACAGAGAACUGCAAGCCUGUUUUGAUAGAAGCUAUGACUUAUCGCGUUGGACAUCAUAGCACUUCUGAUGAUAGUACGAUAUACAGAGAUGAUGCAGAAAUCGAAAAAUAUCAACAAUUGGAUCCAAUCAGGUCGUUAAAAAGUUACUUAAAACAGCAUAAACUUUGGGAUGAAAGUCAAAAUGAACUAUUCAUUAAAGCUACAAAUAAAAAAAUAAUGGAGGCAAUUAAAGUGGCUGAAAAUGAUAGUCUACCCAGCCAAGAUGAUAUUUUUAACAAUGUUUACAGUACAAUACCGUUUCACAUAAGUAAACAACAAGUCGGGCUGCAGAAAUAUUUCAAAAGGAGAAAUCAACUGGUUGAUGGAAAAUAGAUCGUUUACUUGAAUGCAUUGUCUUUUCGCCCACUGGUUGACGAUCCUUGCUUUCACGUACGUACGCGGCCUCCACGGUACCAAUUUAUCUACGAGUGAGCACUCAAACUCAGAACCUGUGCCUUCCCUCGGACAAUAAAAUAGGCCCUUAUAAAACAGAUAUAAACAGUAAAUUAUAAUAUAAAUUCAACAACUCUGUACUUUACAUAUAUCAGUAAUUCUUCUAUAAUUUUAAAAUAAAAAAAAUUUUUAA